GGUAAACCUGGAAUAUAAAAUGGUUUCUGUCUCCGGAAGAAUACGAUUAAAAGAAACGUUAAAAAAUCCAGAAUUUGGUUCAGUUGAUAGGAUUGAUAACAAUCCUGUGAGAGAAAAAGAUAACGUACUGCGAACCUGUUCUGUAGACGGGGGAGCACCCGGACAAAAGGCAAUGAGUAUGAGACAAAUGAAAACAUAUUCAACAGAGAAACUGAUCAAAAAAACAUUCAGAAACACCCGGCACAUGGAUAAACCAAAGAAACAGCUGAGUUUGGAUAAACCUAAAAAAUCUUCGCUGAGAAAAGACUUACACGAAGCUAAGAGAGCAUUCUCAGUAGAUGUAGGAUGUCCACCAAGACAAAAACUUCCGUUCCAUGUGAGUUUUGGAGAUGGAUAUUCGGAAGAUCUUGAGGACGAGGACGAGACACCAGGUUGCCCGGAGGAUGAUGAGAGAGGAGGGAGGGAAAAGAGAAGGGAGGAUGGAGAGAAGAGUGGAGGAGGGACGGAUAGUAGUUCAGGAGAACCCGGAGAAAAGAUAAGAUCUAAAUCCAUCUCCUGUUCGUCCCAGAUACUAGAUCCAGAACUUAAUCAAGAAAAGAAUUGUGAAAUCUAUGACUGGAUGAGUCGUAAUAGAGCAUCUUUCAGGGCAAUAGGAGGAGAACGACGAUGUUCUCUAUCUAAGGUUCGAAGUCUGAGUACUCUACAUGAUACAGAAAUUAGUGAAGAAGUUGAACUUCAUCCCGCCAUAUACGCUGGCAGAAGAAGAUCCUUGAAGACCCAGCCUGUUAGAGGGAAAAGAGGCGAGGUUUAUAAACACCCUGAUUUACCAGUCUGUAACGAACAGGAGGUUCUCUCAUCGAUCUGUAUGUCAAAUCUGUACAGCCUAGACGAGGUGAAGAAUGCUUGGGCUACCAGCCUGUUUUAUACUAAACGAGGAACUAUCCGAAGCACCGGUACAAGAACUGAGGCUGGUUUAGAAUUCACAGACAUUGAGCAGGAGGGGUUUCGGACACAAUCCAUGGAACAAGAAAGGUCUGGAGAAAUGGAAGUCACUGUUAUGGAGGAGGCUGACACAGACUUGAUCAGAAAACAAGAAGACGAUCAUGAAGGCGAAAAUGAUGAAGAGGAUGAUGAAGAAGAAAUCCCUGACUGUCAUGCCACUGUAUACAGAGUAAAGCCCAAGAUUUCUAAAUCCUUGGACAACCAUGAGAAAGUAAAGAUCUCCUGGAUUCAACUCCCCAGCAUUUUCUCCAAAAAUAAGGAAAACAAAGGAAAUACGUCACGGUUCGAUGGUUCCAAAAAAUCUGAUGUGUCUAAAAGUCCAAAGAUGGGUCUCAACAAAAAACUUAAACCAGAACCUUCACCCAAAACAAAGGAAAAGAAAGGGACUUCGUGGUCAAACAACCUUGUAAUGGAUUUAUAUUUAAACAGUCAAACUGCUCAACAUUUAAACAGUCAAACUACUCAACAUUUAAACAGUUAA